CACAAAGAUGUAUUUUUUAUGUUUCCUAUACAAAAAUUGCAAAUUUCAAUAAAAUUGAUUGAAUUUAUUGAAAGACUAUUGGUUAAAAUGCAUUGGAAUUUGAUAAUUUCUAAAAAUGAUGUAUAGUUAAUGUGUUUUCUUAAUAUGUGUGAAAACACCAAAACAUACAUCUUUAAAAAACAGAGGGAGUACUUUGUAAUUUGAUCAAAUGUAACCGUCGUCUUUAAAACCCCAUCUUGCUAAUUUUAGGAUCGCAUUGUAUAAUCCAAAACAAUCAGUCCUAAAUUGUAAUUAUUAAGAAGUCUAGGGUCUAGGGUUAUUACUUAUUACCAGUUGAUUUUAAAGCUAAAACCCUAGAGUUAAGUUCAGUUUCAGCUUACACUGUCUUAACUAACUCUUUACCGUUCCUUCUCCGACCAAAAGUGAAAAAAACAGGAAAUGGCGUCUCUUGGCCAAAUCACGUUCCCGCGUGCGCCGUCAUUGGAGCUGAGCCUCCUACGCCGUCGAUCUGAUCAACCCAUCAGAACCCUAAUCGGGUUCAACGGCCGGAUCGUGAGCAGACAAGCGGAGGUUUCGGUGAAAGCAAGCGUGAGCCAGAAGGUGAUUGAAGAGGAGGCGAGAGUUCUCGUGGGAACCUACGCGCGUGCUCCAGUGGUGCUCUCGAGUGGGAAAGGCUGUAAACUGAUGGACGCGGAAGGGAAAGAGUAUCUUGAUUGUGCAUCUGGAAUCGCUGUGAAUGCUCUGGGCCAUGGAGAUCCUGACUGGCUUCAAGCUGUCACUGACCAAGCUGCUCUUCUUGCACACGUCAGCAAUGUCUAUUACACCAUUCCUCAGAUAGAACUAGCAAAACGCCUCGUGGCAAGUUCUUUCGCGGACCGUGUAUUCUUCUGUAACUCUGGAACCGAAGCCAACGAAGCAGCCAUCAAGUUUUCUAGAAAGUUCCAGAGAUUCACCCACCCUGAAGACGAGGAAGUCGCCACAGGCUUCAUCGCCUUUACGAAUAGUUUCCAUGGGAGAACCUUAGGAGCUCUUGCCUUGACAAGCAAAGAACAGUACAGAACUCCUUUCGAACCCAUCAUGCCUGGCGUCACAUUCUUGGAGUACGGUAACAUUCAAGCCGCCACAGAUCUUAUCCGCUCGGGUAAAAUAGCUGCAGUGUUUGUGGAGCCUAUACAAGGAGAAGGUGGGGUUUACUCUGCCACAAAAGAGUUUCUUCAGUCUCUUCGCUCUGCUUGUGAUGCUGCUGGAUCUCUUCUCGUCUUCGAUGAGGUUCAGUGUGGUUUGGGUCGGACUGGUAAUCUAUGGGCAUAUGAAACAUUUGGUGUAACACCUGACAUAAUGACGGUUGCAAAGCCUUUAGCCGGUGGUUUACCAAUUGGAGCGGUGCUUGUAACUGAAAAAGUUGCUGAGACCAUCAAAUAUGGAGAUCAUGGUAGCACAUUUGCAGGGAACCCUCUUGUGUGCAGUGCAGCCAUCUGUGUUUUUGAUAAAGUAUCUAAACCCUCUUUCUUGGCCAGUGUCUCGAGCAAAGGUAUAUACUUUAGGGAUCUGUUGGUUAAGAAGUUAGGAGGAAACUUGCACGUGAAGGAAGUGAGAGGAGAAGGGCUUAUCAUUGGAGUGGAGCUUGAUGUGCCGGCAAGCUCAUAUGUGGAUGCUUGUCGUGAAUCUGGUCUUCUGAUCUUGACGGCAGGGAAAGGGAAUGUCGUCAGGAUUGUUCCGCCGUUGAUUAUAUCGGAGGAGGAAAUAGAACGUGCGGUUGAGAUUAUGUCCCACAAUUUAACUGCGCUUGACUGAAUAUUGAGGUUGAACAUUAAUGUUUGGCGACGACUAUGAACUGUGUUUUUUAAAUUCUAUAUUUUCUUAAAUAAGCUCAAGUGUGUAUCAGUAAAUUUGCCUGUUACAAUUCAUAACUGCUGUUUCUUGGUUCUUUUUUU